AUGUUGGAGUCUUUAGCUUGGUGUCAAAGCUUUAAGGGAUAUGACCUUACCAAACAAAAGAGUCCGGGUUACUCUCAUUCUAUUUCACGAGUUUAUAGAAACUCUAUUUUUAUGCUUUAUGCACUCAACAAGAAAGUGCCACUACUGCCACAUGGUGCUAGUCAGGGUAUAUUUCAUGGGAGUUCUGUGUCAGAAAAUUUCUUUAAAAAGUCUCCUCUCAAUGUUCCAUUAAGUUCUGGUUGGAAAGGAUUGUAUAGGCCGCGUUGGGAACGGCUGCAAACAAAUGUAGCAUAUGAUGUAGCUGGAGCUGUUGAAGUGAUCAAUGAUUUAGGAUUGGAUACUCUUACUUUCUUGGCAGUGACCGUCAUAAUUGUGCCUACAUUCAAGUCACUUAAAGCCAGUCCUGUAAGAAGAUCUUGGAGUUUAGCGUUUCUUUCUUCUUUUUUCAAGUUAUGGUCAUGCAAUUAUGAUAAUCUAUCAUCUCAAUAA